UUUCACGCAUGGCUUGAGCUGUGCUGUCUGGGGAACAUGCAACAACAGAGGCAGGAAUUUAUUUUUCUCCACAAAAUGUACCGUGAUGUUAACUGAUAGCGUUGGGGUUGGGUUAAUUAAGAUUGCAGAGAAUUUGACCAAAUAACCGACUAUUCCCUGCAGACAUGUGACCGAGGAUGACUGUGCUGAAUUCUUGUUCCUCUUUCCCCGCAGCAAAGUUUUAUUCCAUCGAGUACUGAGCAAGAAGAGUAACCAUGUUUGGACUUUUUUUUUUCCUUUUAUUCACCCCUGGAGUCAGUGAAUUUCUUUGUACGUCGCCGGAUCUAGAAAUGUCGUAUACUUUUUGUGAUUCUACAGCUCAUGAGUUCAUGUUCAAUCUGACGCCCUGCAGCACCAUGAACAAACCCAACUGGAAGGCGGCUCUUACUUGGAUUCCGAGAAGUGACAUCACCUUUUUGAAAGUGGUCUUCAAUGUUUGGCUCGAGGGUGCCAAAGCACUCCACUGGAAAGAAGUCAUCUGCAGCGGCGCCGAUGACAAAUACUCGGAGUGCGGGAUGCUGAAAGGAGAAACACUUGCAACAGAAUUUGACAUUAAAGGUGCAAGAAUAACAUUUCCAAAGGGCAAUUAUAACAUUAUUUUAGAAGCAUUCUCUGAUGAUGCUGAGAAUAAUAUGGUCCUAUGCUUGAAUUUCACCAUGAUAGUAAAACGAGACACUUUCUGAGUGUGAGAAGAGUUUCAAAUAAUUCCAGAGACUGGAGGUCCCUUCUGCGAGCAGCUGGAAUAGGAGCUGACAAGUCAAGAGCACACUAAUUUUCCUGAGGUGGAACACAUCACGUGCUGUCCAGAGAGCUACAGGAUGGAUCAUCUCAUCCUUGUAGAGCGCUGGUGCCAUCGGGUGCUCAGCCAAGGUGCACACAACCUCUGGGAAUUGGGUCUCCUAAUUAAUCCAGGGAAUAACCCAGGCUGGGUGUCAGGCUGAGGACGGCGUCUCGGUGCUGCACCCUGAGUUACCAAAGAGCCCAUUCUUGAUUCCUUCAGACUGCGCCGAACUAAUACACAAGCAGUUUUGAAGAGUAAAAAUCGGAAAUUCAGCAGGACACACUUUAAAACGUAACAGCAAUUGGAUCUGGGAACCCCGUUGGUUUUG